AUGAUUUUGAAUAAGGCAUGGGUCAAAGUAAAAGAUCGUUCAUCUAUUGAUUAUGUAAAUGGUGUUGAUGAAUUUCUAAAUUUUGCUCUUUCCAAAGUAAGAGAAGAUGAUCGAGAUAGUACUACUAUUAGGUACCCUUGUAAUAGUUGUCGCAAUAUAUUUCUUAAAACAAAAUGUGAUGUAAGAUUCGACUUGCUUAAGGGAGGAAUGUAUGAGAAGUACACUUUUUGGGAACUUCACGGGGAAGAAUUAGUUGAAUUAAGUGAUGGGGAUGAUGUUGAUGAGUCGAAUGACAUUGAUAGGGGUUUCACAAUGUUGCAAGAUGCAUGUGGAGUUGGUGCUAUGAAUGUUGGGAGCGCUGAAGAGGCUUUAAAUAAUGUUGAGGAGUACGAGAAACCUAAUGCAAAUGCAAAAAAGUUUUUCAAACUUUUAGAGGAGUACCAAGAACCAUUAACAAUGCAUGAACGUCAAGGCUAUGGCGCUUACCUUCCAACUUCUUAUUAUGAGGCUAAGAAACUCAUUAAAGACUUGGGCCUUGAUUAUUAUAAGAUUGAUGCUUGUGAAAAUGAUUGUAUUCUUUAUUGGAAAGAGCAUGAAAUAUUGAUUGAGUGUCCCACUUGUGGUUUAUCAAGGUGGAAACAAGAAAAGGAAGGCUCUUCUAAGGGGGUAAAGGUUUCUAGAAAAGUGCUAAGAUGUUUUCCAUUGAAGCCUAGGCUACAAAGGUUGAACAUGUGUAGAAAGACAUCCAAAGACAUGCGUUGGCACAAAGAAAGGGAUGCUACUAAAACAUAUAGAGUGAAUGAUUGUGAUAGGAUUAUAGAUGAUGAUGCCCUUUCUAGGGAAGAGAAGGAUGAUACCUUUUUGGAGGAUGACAAUGCGAGUGCGGUGGAUGAUACAAUGAGACAUCCAUCUGACUCCUUUGCAUGGAAAUCAUUUGAUGAAGAGUAUAGUGAAUUUGCUAAAAAGGUGCGAAAUGUUAGACUUGGACUAGCUUGUGAUGGCUUUCAGCCGUUUAAUAAUUCACAACAUAGCAUAUGGCCAGUGGUUCUUAUCCCUUAUAAUUUUCCUCCUUGGUUAUGCAUGAAACCUUAUUCAUUUAUGCUUUCUUUACUAGUACCAGGUCCAACAAGUCCUGGAAUUAAUAUGGACGUCUACCUCCAACCACUUAUUGAGGAGUUAAAGGAGCUUUGGGAGGUUGGUGUUGAAACCUAUGGUGCUUACUCUAAAACAAAUUUCAUCUUGCGUGCAUGA